GUCAUAACAAAAAUAUCUGUAAAACUAUAAAAUAUCUUUAACUAAAGAAAUAUCAAUAUAGUUGCAGGUUAACCUUUCUAGAAACUUCAUCUAAAGACGGCUACAUCUGAUUUUAUUAAAAAUGGCAAUGCAUAUACCAAAAGCACCUGGAUUCUCAUCCAUGCUCAAAGAAGGAGCACGAGCAUUUUCUGGAUUAGAAGAAGCUGUCUACAGAAAUAUCACAGCUUGUAAAGACUUUGCAGCCAGUGUUCGCUCAGCUUACGGUCCAAAUGGAAUGAACAAAAUGAUCAUCAAUCAUCUCGAGAAACAAUUUGUAACAUCAGAUGCUGGAACCAUCAUGCGAGAAUUAGAUAUUGAACAUCCUGCAGCUAAACUAAUGAUUAUGGCAAGUCAAAUGCAGGAAUCAGAAGUUGGCGAUGGUACCAAUUUUGUUGUGAUCCUUUGUGGUGCUUUAUUAGAAGCAGCAGAAGAAUUAUUACGUUUGGGCGUUAAUGUCACCGACAUUUGUGAAGGAUAUGAACGAGGCCUUGACAAAGUUCUCGAACUCCUUCCAUCACUUGUUUGCUACGAAAUCGACGAUUGCCGCAACAUCGAAAAAGUUAAAGAAGGUUUAAAAGCUUCGAUCAUGUCAAAGCAAUUUGGAAAUGAAGAUUUUCUUGUUGAUCUCAUCGCAAAAGCAUGCGUCGCUAUCAUGCCUGAAGAAACAACAUUUAAUGUUGAUAAUAUUCGCGUCUGCAAAAUUCUCGGAUGUGGACUCAACUCGUCAGAAACUGUUAAUGGAAUGGUUUUCAAGCGAUUUGUUGAAGGUGAUGUGUCAUCAGCAACAAAAGCAAAAGUCGCUCUUUACUCAUGUCCAGUUGACAUUACACAGACAGAAACUAAAGGGACUGUUUUGAUUAAAACAGCUGAAGAGCUUAAAAGCUUCAGCAAAGGUGAGGAAAGUCUUUUGGAGGAGCAAAUCAAAGCCAUUGCUGAUACUGGAGCAAAUGUUGUUGUUGCUGGUGGUAAAUUCGGUGAUAUGGCUCUUCAUUUUAUGAACAAAUUCGGAUUGAUGGCUGUUCGUUUGAAUUCAAAGUUUGACUUACGUCGUUUGGCAAAGACUGUCAAUGGAACUGUUUUGCCUCGUGUAACACCGCCAACCAGUGAAGAGCUUGGAUAUUGCGAUAAAGUGUUCGUUGAUGAAUUAGGCGACACUGGCAUUGUUGUGUUCCGCAAUGAAGGAAAAGACAGUAAAAUUGCAACAAUUGUCAUUCGUGGAUCAACUGACAAUUAUAUGGAUGACAUUGAACGUGCCAUCGAUGAUGGUGUCAACACAUUCAAAGGAUUGACACGUAAUGGAAAGUUCCUUCCAGGUGCUGGAGCAACUGAGAUUGCUGUCGCUCAGAGACUUUCAGAAUAUGCUGAUACACUUCCUGGUCUUGAACAAUAUGCAGUUAGAAAGUUUGCAACAGCUUUAGAAACUUUCCCAAAAGCACUCGCUGAGAAUACCGGCGUCAAUGCAACAGAAGUUGUCAAUAAACUUCAUUUGGUUCAUAAACAAGGAAGCACAACACAAGGCUUCGACAUCAAUUCUGAACAACCCUCAACAGUUGAUGUGAAGAGCACAAAUAUUUUCGAUUUAUUUUCAACUAAAUACUGGGGAAUUAAAUAUGCUGUUGGUGCUGCAACAACAAUUUUGCGAGUUGAUCAAAUUAUUAUGGCGAAGAGAGCUGGUGGACCAAAGCCUAGAGAAGGCGUACAAGAUGCCGAUGACGAUUAAGUUAAUUAAUUUAUCUUUUUUUUCUUUCUCUCCAGUAUAAUUCAAUAUUUUUUAUUUCGCUUCUUUCAACAACUCAUAAAUAUUUAAUAACAAUGCACAGAAUGAAUAAUCAACACCCACGCAUUAUUUCACACUCACUAAAAUAACAAAUUUCCUUAAAUUUUGUAAAUCACCACAAUGAAAAGAGUAAACUUUGUAAUUCUCUUAACAUAAUUUUCUAUCUUUAAAUAAAUUAAAAAUUGAAUCUGUGAAGUUUCAUAAA